CAACAAAACCCUACGACGGAGAUCACUCCCCACCCCCCUUCUCCCGACCCGUCUCUCGCCCUCCGCCGCGAGCGGGUGAGAUCUACCCCUCUCCCCUAAUCCAAAAGUAUGGCUCAUCGGCGGGUCUUCUACCAUCUAUGUGGUUUAUGUGAUUGAGUUGGGCAUCACAAAGAGCUGCUCUGUUAACACUUUUUGGUCUCAGCAUCUACUGGCAGUUGAGAAUCUAUUGACAUUUGAUUGAGGUCAUGGUUGUUGAGGGUGAAUUGAUUAAUAUUCAGAAUGCACCGCUUCAGUUCUUUGAGCUCUCCACCAUGCCAGUUGCUGAAAAGCUAGCACUAAAAAAGAAGUUGAAAACAGAACUUGACCAUGUGCGAUCUGCAGUUGAAAACAUUAUAGCAGACUGUGAGAGAAGAUUAGGUCAAAAGCAUUCUGCUGCUGAAGAAGACCAAGCAGUAAUACUAGGAAAUGAUUGUGCUGGUGAAGUUGUUGCAUCCAUCCAUUCCUUCUGUAUUCCUGAGCAGCAGCCUUCCUUGACUGGUGAGAACUAUCAGACAACAAUGAGCAAGAGAAAAAUAGCACUGGAAAUGAAUACAAACCCUAAAGAUGCUGAUAAUUACUCUAAUGAUGGAAUAGAUAUGAUUCCUGAUAAGUCUGAUGCAAAGUCUGUUCUGACAGGCCCAUCUAAAGGUUCCACUCUAGGAACUUCUGAUGCACUGAAGGUGAAAGGUGAGAAAAUGGAUUCCUUCAAGACUAGGCAGUGUGCUAAUAUUUUGAAGAUACUAAUGAUUCAUCCUGCUGGGUGGGUGUUUAAGGAACCUGUGGAUCCAGUGAAACUAAAAAUUCCAGAUUAUUUUUCAAUUAUCUCCAAGCCAAUGGACUUGGGUACUAUAAAACGGAAACUUGGAAGAAAGCAGUAUUCAAGCACUGUACAAUUUGCUGCAGAUGUAAGGUUGACUUUCUCCAAUGCGAUGCGAUAUAAUCCUCCUGAAAAUGAGGUUCAUGUCAUGGCUAAGGAAUUAAAUAACAUUUUUAAUUCAAGAUGGAAAUUACUGGAAGCAGAAUGGAGAAACAAAAGCACACUUUCUUCACAGUCAGUGACAAACACUCAGAAGAAAAAACGGUUACUCGAGAAAAGGCCUGAUCCAAACUCUGUUUUGAGAAGGUUCAUACCAUCUGCUGAAAAAUUGAAGCUAAAAAAGGAAUUGUCAAAUCUACCAGUAAGGAAAAUGCCACCUCGACUGCUUAGUUUUCUUCAGAGCAAAGGUAUAGUGGGACAAAUUGGAGAAUUUGUCGGCAUAGACAUUGAUAUGUUUGAUGAAGAGACUUUAUGGGAAUUGCAUCAACUUGUAAGAAAUUUUAUUGAUGGAACACCAAUUGAGCAGAUAAAGAAAUGUACCAGGAGACCUGAGCAGGACUCACACAAAGGCCCAGGUGAAACUGUGCUCCAAUCUGAUGUUAUUGAUGAGUUCGUGAGCCCUUUGGCUCGGAUGAAAAGUGCACAUAGAACUGUAAGUUGCCAGCGGAGUCAUUGUAAUGACUCAAGUCAAGCUUCAUCAAGUGAAGUAGAUUCUGGAAGAUCUUCACGUAGCGAGCAUUACUCUCGCCGUUCAACUGCAAACAGUUUGGACUGGGAAAAAACACCAACAGGGUUUGGUCUCCAGAGUAACGAUUCCAUACAAUCUAUUUCUCAUCCUCCGAGUCCACUGACUGCUGCUACAGAAGAUCUAGGUCCUUGUGAGGAACAAUUAUCACCAUCCAAAGCUCUUCGUGCUGCAAUGUUGAAGAGCCGUUUUGCAGACACCAUUCUGAAAGCACAGCAACAGUCACUUGGUGUAAAAAUAGACCCAGCAAAGUUGCAACGAGAAAGAGAAAAGUUGGAGAAAAGGCAGCGGGAAGAGAAAGCAAGGAUCGAGGCACAAGUUAAAGCUGCUGAGAUUGCAGCAAAAAUGAAGGCAGAAGCUGAGCUGACGAGGCAAAGAGAAGCAGCACGCUUGGCAUUGCAAAAGAUGGAGAAGACUGUUGAAAUUGAUAACAGCCACAUAUUGAAAGAUCUAGAAAACUUAGGCUGUCCUCUGCCCGGGCACUUUGAUAUGACUGAUGAAACGGUGGGUAAGUUCAUGCAAGAACUUGAAAUGCACUCGGGUCUUGUGAAUCCACUGGAGCAGUUGGGUUUGUUCAUGAAGAAUGAAGAUCUUGAUGAGGUUGACGAGUGGAUUUCAUCUGCUGGCAAUGGUGAUGUCGAAGAAGGGGAGAUCGAUGGGUCAUAGUUAUUAUACAUUAUUGGAACCUUCUUUGUGGCAGGCUACGAUGGUUGUGUUUAAAAAAUACAUACAAGUGCUAUAUUUAAGUGAGAAAGGAGUUUCAGCUUAUGAUUAUAAUGUAUGCUAAGCAACUGCACUGGUCAUAUGAUGUACUUGAAGAGGGAGUGUCUGCUGAGCAACAAAGAAGCCCAAGUAAGGGAAGAAACAAGUAAAAGAAAAAAAAGGACUACGAGGAAAAAAAUGAUUUAUAUACCAUUGUCUGCUUGAUGCUGUUCUUUGUGAUUGUCAAGUUGAUUGGGAUUAGGAUCGUGAUUUGGAUCAAAACUCUUAGGUCGUGUUUAUAUUGGUCUUGGAAGGAAAAAAAAAGUGUAGUUUUAUACCUUUAGAGUUGUUUGACAUAUUAUUGUGUAUUUUGACAUGAUUAACUAAUACUAUUUUUAUGAUUAGGUAUC